CAGGGCCGACUGGCCGCUUCCUUUGCCGCCGCCAUAUUGCUGGAAAGAAAUCCAGCGACGGGAAAUUCGGUUUCUCCCUUGCCCAGAAUUUUCACCUUGUACCGCCGGCAUUGAGCGAAAACAACCGCUCCCUUCCUUGUCAAAUUUAUGAAGCCUCUUUCCUGACAAGACAGAAACCGUAGCGGCCGAUCUCCGAUCCUCCUCGAGCCAUGUCGACUCUCACUCAGAGGAGCUCCGGCCUUGUCCAAAGGAAGACCGAAGCUUCGAGGAACGCGGAAAAAAUCCCUGACGGCGACGACGACCGGAGGGCCGAACAUGAGCAGGAAGACGAGAAAGGCGACUCUAAAGAAACUCGUCUGACCCUGAUGGAGGAGGUCCUGCUCUUGGGCCUGAAGGAUCGGGAGGGUUACACGUCUUUUUGGAAUGACUGCAUCUCAUCUGGUUUGCGUGGAUGCAUGCUGAUUGAAUUAGCACUUCGAGGACGUUUGCAAUUGGAAUCUUUUGGGAUGAGACGCAAAAGUUUACUAACAAGAAAGGUCAUCUGUAAGUCAGAUAGUCCUACUGGAGAUGUUUUACUUGAUGAAGCCUUGAAACAUAUUAAAGAAACUCAGCCUCCAGAAGCAGUGCAAAGCUGGAUUGAACUUCUCAGUGGUGAAACAUGGAAUCCAUUAAAACUACACUAUCAAUUGCGAAAUGUCCGUGAACGAUUGGCUAAAAACUUGGUGGAGAAAGGUGUACUGACUACAGAGAAGCAGAACUUCCUGCUAUUCGACAUGACGACUCAUCCGCUUACCAACAAUGUCAUCAAACAGCGUCUCAUCAAAAAAGUGCAGGAAGCUGUGCUGGAUAAGUGGGUAAAUGACCCUCACCGGAUGGACAAACGCCUUCUUGCUCUCAUUUACUUAGCCCAUGCCUCAGAUGUACUGGAAAAUGCUUUUGCCCCGCUCUUGGAUGAACAUUAUGACUUGGCCAUGAAAAGAGUGCGACAAUUACUGGACUUGGAUCCUGAAGUUGAAUCUAUGAAGCCUAAUACAAAUGAAUUGCUCUGGGCUGUAGUGGCAGCCUUUACUAAGUAAAAUAUAUUGAAUUGUGUGAAGUAUAUUCUUUUUUCCUGUUUUUCCUUUUUCAUAUUAUUCAUGUCCUCCUAAAACAAUUUUUUUUUCUCCACUAAAUUUGUCCUUUUCCUUUUCAAGCUGCUAAAGGCUUUGCUUCCAAUUAGUCCAGGAAGAUCAUAAAUGGCCGAUGAAACACUGCAUUUAGUACAGCCAAAGAAAUACAGUAAACUUUGUUUUGUGGCCUGUCUGGUUCUCGACCCACGUGCAUUUAAGUGAUUCUGUCAAAAAAAGAGCAAAUGCAAUUUAUUCCUGAUAAAUUCAUAAUCAGCCUACCAAGAUGUUUUGUCUGUCAGCAAUUUUGUGUGAUAGGAAUGAAAAAGAUUGGUAGAUCUAAUAACUGAUCAAAUGUGUAAUUUAUCUGGACUGUAAAUGGCAUUGCUAUUUACAAAGUUACAUUUUUAAUAAAAGUACUGCAGUAUAAAAUGUUAAAUAUCUGCCUUUGUACUGCAGUAUUUUUUGCUCCAGUUUAAAAUGUUAAUAUUGUUAUAAAGGUGAGAUGUAAAAUAAAAAUGUCUAGUGUUUUGUUUCCACCCCAUCCCAUCAUACUUUUAAAACCAGUUGCCUAAAUUUAGGAGGCCGGCACACACUACACUAUAGAAGUUUAAGUAAAGCUUUGCCAUAUUGUUAUCCACAGUGUGUCAUCAGCUGUAAAAUGUCAUCAAAGUAUUCAUUGUGAUGACAGGAGUGAAACUAUUGAGCUACUGUGGCAGUACUGCUCACAAUGGACAUUGGAAAAUAGAUCUUCCCAUGCAAAUUAAUAAAACUAGAAGACCUUUAAAGCUUGCAAGCACCUGGUAAAUUAUAACACAUGAUUAGGAAAUGGAAUUAUUUUUAUUCUUGUUCGAGUCUCCAAGAGUAAGUACAUAAUCACAAUUUCGUUGCAUUUUCCUACCUUGAGACAUUCUCAUCUGAGAAUAGAUGGAGUGCAGUCACUUCUAUCUUUUUGAUCCUUACCCUGUAACAGAAGAAUAACAGUUUCUUUAAAGUUAGAAGAUUUCUGUUAGUUUUUGUAAGUUUAUAUGUUUUUGUUACAUAUAUACUUUUUUGUAAGGCAUCUCUGUUUUUAAAUUAUUACAUCAGCUUAGUUGGCAGACGGUGCCUUCUAACAAUGGUCCAUCAAUUCACAUUUUUAAAUGGAAGCAUUUCUGGGAUAGCCAACAUUCCAGUACAUUAUGUAUAUAGUUCGACGUAUAUAUUUAUCUACUCCAUCCUAGUUUUUUGCAAGACACAAUGAAUUCUACACCUGACCUCAUCUGUGCUUAGCCACUGAUUUAUGGUGGAAAGGGGCUUCUUCUGUAAAGCAUGUGCAAAACUCUUGUAUGUGAUUUUGAUGUAUGUGGAAAAGUACGUACUAGCACGUACUUUGACCUACGCGUAGCCUUUUAUUAUGUUAAUCAAUGUACAGUAAGAGUUGGUUCUAUGUCAUUGUAAAGAAUAUAUUUCAUGUCAAAGAACACUUGUGACUGGCAAGCUGAGUGCAAUUUUUUUCAUUUCUCUGUUCUUUGUACACUGAAAAAGGAUGUGAAAUCACAACUUUUUUUUUGUGCAAGUAUUACUAACAUUUGAUUAGUGUCCAGCUUUUAAAAACGUUCUUUUAUAGGCAUGGAAUAUGAAUUGUUUGUAGCAAUGAAUGUCACCGUAAUUAUUAAGGAUAUUCUUUUUGUCGAAUAGCAAAUAUUCCAAUAAUGGCACAGAUUUUAUUAGUUUUAUAUAAAACUUUGAUUUUAGCAUAUCAUCUUAAACAAUUAUUGCCUUUUUUAACCUAUAAGCUUUUUUCUUUGCUUGCUUCACUGCUGCUGGUUUCACCAGAUGUGUAUAUAUAACAGAGAUGAUUACAAAUACAGUGAUUCAAGGAAUACUACAUAUUAAUGAUGGGGCUGACAGGUGUUUGGAAAUUAUUUUUGUUUAAAUAUUCAAAGCAAAAUUGCUAGAUGGUGUAGAACUGUAGACUUAAAAAUAAAGGGAUCCCUGAUCUGUAUACUAGCUUUUUACCUUUCAGUUAAUAAACAAUGAUUUUGAAAGUGCCUGAA